CGCUUUCCUCUUCAUUCCCUCAAGUUCAUGCCUUCAUUCAUGAUCAUCCAUGAAGUUUCAUAUAUGUAUGCACAUACACAUACUGAUUGAACAGGGUGUAUUCACAUGGGGUGUGGUGUUAUACCAAAGUCCAGUAAGUGUUCCCAGCUAGGCCCAAUUCUCCCACCAUGUCCGCCCUAAAGAUCGCACUCCGUUCCUUGACACGCCUACCUGGCCGACAUGGCACCUGUCCAGCCACGCCUGGAAUUGCCGCCUCGUCGUACUCGGUUCGUUGGAUAUCGCUCCUGCGUCCGCCCGGAUUCGACAUGAACGCGCCGUGCGAGCAGACCGCACUGGAAAUGGUCGAGCAUCUCUCGGACGCCGUGAUCGGCGGCCCCAAGAACUACGAUCCGGCCGCAUUCCAACGUCAACGCGAAUCGCUCAUGGAGUUCUUGCCACCAUCACAGUCUGAUCUACCUCCCCGGAAGAUGGUGGACUCCUUUGAUCAGGCCUUGAUCCCCCUGGGCAGUGAUCGCAAGCUCAGGGACCGAUAUCUGACCCAGUUUGGCGGGGUUCGCGUGGGUCGAUUGCUCGAGGACAUGGAUAUCUUUGCCGUUCAUCUCGUGUUCAAGCACAUGUUGAAUCCCCGACAAGCCGUGGGCAACCUUCAGUCCCCCUUUUCCAUUGUCACGGCUUUGGUCGAUCGCAUCGAUGUCAAAAUGAAUAUCCCUUCGGACCAGGAUAUCAAGCUCAUGGGCCACGUGACUUGGGUGGGCAAAUCUUCGGUCGAGUCCACAUUGGAGUUGUGGCAGUUGCGGGACGGAGAUUGGGUCCACGUGACCGAUGCCACGUUUGUCAUGGUGGUGCGGGAUCCCAUCAAUAAAGGCUCGAGUUUUGUGAAUCCUUUGGUGGUGGAGACGGAUGUGGAGAAGGCGUUGUUGAAUCGGGGCGAGCGGAAUAAAAUCGCCCGAUAUGCCAUGACCACGGAGUCUUUGUUCAAGAAUCCACCCUCGGAGGAGGAGAAGCGACUGAUCCAUGACUUUUUCAUCAGUACCGUCGACCAUAAGGCCCUGUCGUUCAAGGCCAGGGUGAAACCGCCCAACAGCGUUUGGAUGGAGGACGCCAAGUUGAAGAAUAUUCUCAUUUGUCAGCCGGAAUAUCGGAACAGGUUCAACAAGAUCUUUGGCGGAUUCAUCAUGAGACAAGCCUUUGAGCUGGCUUGGGCUAAUACUUUUGUUUACUCGGGCCAAAGGCCGUAUACCAAUCAUAUGGAUGACAUCCUUUUUCGAAUGCCCGUGGACGUGGGAUCCCUGCUUUACUUUAACUCUCAGAUCUGCUACACAGAAGGGAAUCGCAUUCAGACUCGAGUCUCGGCCGAGAUCUUGGACCCGACCACUGGAAAUCUGUCCCUGUCCAAUGUCUUCCAAUAUACAUUCAGCGUGGAUGGCCAACCAGCUCCGUCCAUCGUACCCAAAUCUUACCAUGAGGCCAUGAUGUAUCUUGAGGGCCGAAGACAUUUCCUGAAUUCCACCACCGACCAUUGAUUGAGCGAGCCAGAUGUUGCCGGUGUGAAGUCAAACGAGUUCAGGUGUGCUUUAUUAUUAUUCUCAUUCUCAUUGCUAUCGUGUUGUCAUUUCUCAUAGUAAACCAUGGACAGCUCUUGAAAGCGGCCA